AUGAUCACCCUGGAAUGGCACGAUGUUCGCACCCCUCUAUUCUUCUCUUUCUGGGUGGUGUUUAUUGUCAUCGUCAAGAUCGGUGAGUAAAUUUUUGAUAGAGAAGGCGAGAGCGUGAUCUAACGCCGAUUUCAAACGUUAUUUUCGGUUCUUUUUCGCGCAUCAAAGUUUAUGACGUAAACAAAAUUAAUAAUGUUCAUGUAACGCAAUCAAGUGCACAUAAUUUUAGUUUUCCACGCGUCUGAGAAACUGGCCAUCGUCUUCCCGGAUUCAGCUCUUCUAAUUGUUUGUGGCUUUUCUGUUGGCACGAUCCUUGAUUGGUUUCUUCCUCAUGACAUCUACCUCGACCCUGAUCUCUUCUUCUUGUAUUUACUGCCCCCAAUUGCUUUGGAAGCUGGGUAUUUUAUGCCGAAUGAAGCCUUUGUCCGCAAUAUUUUCACCAUCCUGACUUACGCGGUAAUUGGAACACUAUGGAAUAUUGCAUCCAUCGGUAAGCCUGUUUGUCCCCUUUAUUCACCUUAUUUUAGGAGGCAUCCUGUACUUGUUCUCCUCAUUCUACACAAUGCCCAUUUCCUUUCUGGAUUUGAUGUUAUUUUCGACUCUGAUCAGUGCCGUGGAUCCAGUGGCCGUUCUGAGUGUGUUUACUGAGGUCAAAGUCAAUGAACUGUUGUACAUCUGCGUGUUUGGAGAGAGUAUUUUGAACGAUGCAGUGACCAUUGUGUUGUACCAUGCUUUGAGUGACAUGGCUGUGAUUGGAUCCGAGAAUCUUGUGGCCUCAGAUUUGGUUCGAGUUUUUGGAUCAUUUAUCCUCGUUGCCUUGGGCGGUGUUCUUUUUGGGACUUUGGCGGCGAUCGUGACGGGAUUAACAACCAAAAUGGCGGGCACUUUGAGUGUGGUCCAGCCCCUGAUCUGCCUUUUGUUCCCUUAUUUGGCCUAUCUUUUGGCCGAGAUGUUCCAUUAUUCCGGGAUUUUGGCCAUUGUUUUUUGCGGACUUUUAAUGAAGCCGUACGUGGAAACGAACAUGUCGGAUGAAUCGAGGAUUACUGUAAAAUAUUUUCUGAAGACGAUUGCCUCCCAAUCCGAGGCCAUGAUCUUCAUCUUUCUGGGAUUGUCAUCAUUCUCGCGGAAUCACAGUUGGGACAUUGUGUUUGCGGUGGUUACAGUAUUUAGCUGUUUAUUUUGCAGAUUUGUUGGUGAGCAACUUCAUUUCGGAUGUACAAUUGUAUUUCUUUAGGUGUUUAUGCUCUAAGUUACAUCUGUAACAAACGUCGUCUCGAGAAGAUUGGUUUCCUGGAUCAGUUUAUCAUAUCUUAUGGCGGAUUAAGAGGGGCCAUUGCUUAUGGAUUGGCGAUGACUCUGGACAAAGAUGCGAUCCCAGCCAAGGAUAUGCUCGUAUCUACAACUGUAGUUGUGAUCUGCUUUACUGUCUUCAUUCAAGGCACUACAAUCAAACCACUGGUCAAAUUUUUGAGGGUCAAAACUCAAGAGAGCAGUCAGAAUAUUAUUACCAGCUUUAUUUUUAUCAAUGUAAGUCGUGUAAAGGUUGCAUAAUAUGACGAGGAUGGUGUUUUUACUCCCUAAAUAUGACAUUUUAAGGCGCAAGACGACUUGUUAGCCGGAAUUGAAGCCAUUGCCGGGAUCAAAGGGAAACAUUACGUAAGUUAAAACUAUUUUUUAAUUAAUGUUGACGACUUAGUGGCGUCGUCGAGUUAGUGAGGUCGAUCGAGAUUAUGUACAGCCUUUCCUGACCGUGAAAAGUUCCUCUCGCGGGGAGCAACUGGUCGAGAAAUACGAUGAAUUGAGUGCCAUGGUCGAUAAAGAAAGGCAACAAAGCAAUCGCAAAGCAAAUCGCCAGUCAAGUCUAAUAUAA